UUGGCGACUUUAUUUUCUCGCGGUAUUUCCUAUUUCCUCCUCUUUCGUCCCUGUAGCCAACAUGGCAGUCGGCAAGAAUAAGAGGCUGACUAAAGGCGGCAAAAAAGGUGCUAAAAAGAAGAUUGUGGACCCUUUUUCCAAGAAGGACUGGUAUGAUGUCAAGGCACCAGCCAUGUUCAACAUCCGCAAUAUUGGCAAGACCUUGGUCACCAGGACUCAGGGAACCCGAAUUGCCUCGGAUGGUCUUAAGGGACGUGUGUUCGAGGUGAGCCUUGCUGACCUGCAGAAUGAUGAGGUGGCCUUCCGUAAAUUUAAGCUGAUCACUGAGGAUGUUCAGGGAAAGAACUGCCUCACCAACUUCCACGGUAUGGACCUGACACGGGACAAGAUGUGCUCCAUGGUCAAGAAGUGGCAGACCAUGAUUGAAGCUCAUGUGGACGUGAAGACCACCGACGGCUACCUUCUCCGCCUGUUCUGUGUCGGUUUCACAAAGAAACGCACCAACCAGAUCAGAAAAACUUCCUACGCCCAGCAUCAGCAGGUUCGCCAGAUCCGCAAAAAGAUGAUGGAGAUCAUGACUCGGGAGGUUCAGACAAACGACCUGAAGGAAGUCGUCAACAAGCUGAUCCCUGACAGUGUUGGUAAGGACAUUGAAAAGGCCUGUCAGUCUAUCUACCCUCUACAUGAUGUCUAUGUUCGCAAGGUCAAGAUGCUGAAGAAGCCCAAGUUUGAGUUGGGUAAACUGAUGGAGCUGCAUGGUGAGGGCGGCAGUGGCACUGCUGCAAAGGCAGCUGGUGAUGACACCGGUGCAAAGGUAGAGCGGGCUGAUGGCUACGAGCCCCCCAUCCAGGAGACCGUCUGAACACCUCAGUAGAUUUAAUAAAAAAAAUUGUAAAUGUUUAAA